AUGUUCAGCCAACAGUUACUACGAAGCACUCGACAAGCCGUCGGCACCAGCCGAUCCAAACCGACGGCCAACGCCCUUCGACUGGCGCUCUACUCGGACAAAGCCGGCCAGCUGACUCCCGCAAAGGACGGCACCGAAGCGGGCGGGGUGCAGCCGGCGAGUUCCGGCGAAGGCCAGGUGAUUCCUGCCGGGUUAACGAGUGGUGCCCCAGAGCAACUGGCCAUUCGUCCGGUGCGCAUCUACCGUCCCUCGCCAACAACCAUGCAAUCGGCCAAAGCCAAUAACCACACAUGGGUCCUCGAUUGGGACACUCUUCAAGGCGCUGGGAGAUGGGAAAACCCGCUGAUGGGAUGGGCCUCUACGGCCGAUUACAUGCAAGGAUCUAACCUCAAAUUUGAUUCCUCCGAGGCCGCUGUCGCGUUCUGUGAAAAGCAAGGAUGGCCGUACUUUGUUCAAGCCCCUAAAGCGAUCAAGUUCAAGGUAAAGUCUUAUUCGGAUAAUUACCUCUAUUCGGAUUCCAAGCUACGCAUCCACAAGACCAAGUAA